CUUCCCAUAUCAAUCCCGUCUUUUUCAUCUCAUAUUCCCAAAUUACCCCUCCGGGAAUCACGAGACCGGCGGCAUCUGGGAGCGCAGAGGUGAGAGAACGACGACGACAACGAAGAAGAAAAGAUGCAACAGAGGAAAUAUGGGCGGCCGUCGGGAACUGACGGCUCCGAUUUCUCCUACCGCAUGGUCGUCGAUUCUCGCUAUACGAAGGUGGCAAAGGGGAAGUCUCGCCUCCAUGCGCUGAUCUUAACUCAGGUGGUGAUUCAGUUGGUAGGGCUAUUGUCUUUAGCUAUGUCGAUUUCGAAGGAGAAGAUUCCAGAUUCUUUGGCUAUUUCUUCCACUGCCAUUGGAUUCUUCUCACUGCUGAUCGGGGAAGUAGGUCUUAGGCGCAGCAAAGCUGGUCUGUUGAGAGUGUACGUGGCUGCUUCAUCCAUCGGACUGCUAAUCUCGUUCUUUGAUAAAUUUACCAAUGGUUCAGCACUAGAGGUCAUGUCGAACCCAAGCGAGUGGCAGGCGAAGAAAUUCGAGGUCAUAGAGGUUUCUCUUCUGUUAACUGGAUUGCUGGUGCAGAUACUCGCAGUUGUCACGACGAUUUCUCUAAUCGGUAAUAUGUCUCCACCCAAGAAAUCUUCUUAAUAGGUAUUCCUGUAACCCUCCCAAAUACAGUUCAGUUUACGCAACACACAUUUAACUCAGCUCGAACGAAAAUCCUCUUUGUGAAGGUGGUUGGAUGAUUCCCAGUGUAUCUUAAUGAAGUUAGUUGAUAUGUUUUCCACUUUUCCUUGCUUGAAUGUACUCUGUAACCAUUGUUGAGCGUUAUGAGGGUUGCCAAUUGCCAUUGUAAUGGUAAGGACGAUAUAAAGAACUGAAAAGCAGCUGCGAACUUUGACCCCUUUCUCUUUCUUUUAGCGGGAGGGGGGGGGGGGGGGGGUGGGGGGGGGGGGGGGGGGGGGGGGGGGGGGGGGGGGGGGGGGGGGGGGGGGGGGGGGGGGGGGGGGGGGGGGGGGGGGGGGUUAAGUGGGC